UAUGCGUAAUUACAUAUAUAAGUUAAUGAGUUAUGCUCUUUAUUACAACAUACUGUAUAAGUCCAAACUGAAAUGCAGAGACUUCACGGCAACGGCUUUUAAAAGAUUACGCUGUGAGAAUGAUGUUUGUAUGUUUAACUCUUUAAAAAAAGGCAAGCCUAAAAAUUAAGAUGCGCUUCACCAGAGUUGCAGAGGUGUUUUAAGUGUCUGGUUUUCCAUAUCGGACCUGGAGUACAGAGGUAGACGUCAUCAGUCUGCGCGUCCGAGCCUGUCUUACAGCGUGGACGCGCUCAUACGUCGUCAGUACGCGACAGGCGCCACUCUUCACCGAGGGGAAGAUGGUCGACACUCCGCGGUGUGUGUUGAACAUAACACAAUACAACACAACACAACACUAACGGUGCAGUUUGUCCAACUCCGAGCAUGACGCAGUCCGUGGUUGUUCAAGUCGGGCAGUGUGGCAACCAGGUGGGCUGUCGGUUCUGGGACCUCGCGCUGAGAGAGCACGCGCACGUCAAUAAAAAAGGAAUUUAUGAUGAGGCACUGGGCAGCUUCUUUAGGAAUGUUGAUCCAAGGUGUGAGGAGGGCAGUGGAACUCCCAGGAUUGCAGGGCUGAGGGCUCGGGCAGUAUUGGUGGACAUGGAGGAGGGUGUUCUCAACGAGGUCCGGCAGGGGCCUCUGCGUCAGCUGUUCAGUACCACUCAGCUCAUCAGUGACGUGUCUGGUUCAGGGAAUAACUGGGCGGUGGGACAUCACACCUAUGGCUCUAUGUAUCGGGAGCAGAUAGUGGAUCAGAUUCGUAGAGCAGCAGAACACUGUGACUGUCUCCAGACCUUCUUCCUCAUCCACUCUAUGGGAGGAGGGACAGGCUCUGGUCUGGGGACCUGUGUGCUGAAGCUACUGGAGGAAGAGUUUCCGGAGGUGUGCAGACUGGUAACGGCUGUGUAUCCUUCAUCUGAAGAUGAUGUCAUCACCUCUCCUUACAACAGCGUUCUGGCCAUGAGGGAGCUAACAGAGCAUGCCCACUGUGUCUUUCCCAUCGAGAACCAGUCACUGGUAGACAUUGUCAGUCAGAUCCAACACAUGGCACACACUGGGAAACCCAGCGCCGUAAUAAAGAAGGACUGUACCAUCAUCUCUGGCCAGGGGGGGAUGUCCAAGACUCAGAAGCCUUUUGAUUCCAUGAACAACAUUGUGGCCAACCUGCUGCUCAACAUUACUAGCUCUGCGCGGUUUGAGGGUUCUCUCAAUAUGGAUCUGAAUGAGAUUGCAAUGAACCUGGUCCCAUUUCCACGACUACACUACCUGGUGUCCAGCCUGACCCCUCUCUACACACUAGCAGAUGUGAAUGUUCCUACCCGGAGACUAGAUCAGAUGUUCACUGAUGCGUUCAGUAAGGAGUUCCAGCUGAUGAAGGCAGACCCCAGACACAGUCUGUACCUGUCCUGUGCCCUCAUGCUCCGCGGUAACGUCCAGGUGUCUGACCUGCGCCGCAACAUUGAGAGGCUGAGGCCCACGCUGUCCUUCGUCCCGUGGAACGCGGAGGGCUGGAAAGUGUCCCUGUGUUCUGUCCCCCCUGUUGGACACACACACUCUCUGCUGGCCCUGGCCAACAACACCUGUGUCGCAUCUGCCUUCACAAAGCUCAGAGACCGCUUCAUCAAACUGUACCGCAAAAAGGCUCAUUUACACCACUACAUGUGUGUAGAGGGGAUGGAGACUGCAGACUUCAGUGAGGCUCUGCACUCUCUCUCUGCUCUCAUAGAUGAGUACAGCCAACUACACACACACACUCACACACACCAGGCCCCGAGACUCAACAUCGCUACCUAGAGACAAACUUGUAACAGCCAACUGACGUUCCAGCGUAACAGCUGACUGACGUUCAUGUUGCAAGUGACACUGCUGCUGUUACCUGCUGUGCCUCUGAUUGAACUCUUCAGGUGAAGCAUACUGCAGCCUGAACUGACCAAUCACGUCUUCAGCUGUCUUCUGUAAAGCAGUAAGAGUGUUUAAUGGCGUGUUAAAGUGGAAGUGCUUUCGUGGCCUUCAGCGCACAGAGCCAAACUGAACAAGUGUGUAAUCUCAGUCCUACUAUAAUAUGUUUACCAGGUGUGACUGUGGUUAAUUGUGAACGGGAAUGCUGUAUGUUUUUAAAUGAUUCCUUUAAUAAAGGUUGUGUAAUAAACUUAAGAGAUACACAGA